UCCAUCCUUGCGACGUCAAAGAAACAUGACAUAGCACGCGACCUGGACGAGGAGCUCUCUCGGCGCCUCACGAGAGUAGUUGAAUGAGAUCCUGCCAAGCGAUCGAUUCGCAAUCAUGGCGCGCUUCUACCCACUGUAUCCCCGACGAAGCGACGGCAAGCUGGAAGUCAUCGCCAAAGGCAAGCGGACGGAACUGAAUAGGCCGACGGACGACCAGCUCGAUCAGAAGCCGGACAAGAAUGGCGUUGCAGACUUCUACCGCGAGGUGCAGCCAGAAGAGCAAAAACACGUCGACUGGCGCAGAAAGCUGGGUGGCAUGCUAGCGCGAGAGCUUCAGCAUCAGGAUAAGUCCGGAGCUGAUAACGGCUACAUGCUGGUGACGCUGCCAGAGAACUAUCGGCUUUACGAGCACGUCAAGAAAACCGAGCGUGAUGGACAGACGGAGGUCAAAAAUAAGACGCACACUGGUGGACAAAAUGACAGACAGGACGCCUACCUGUACGGACAUCCUGCCGGACGGAGGAAGCGGUUUCGUAGCCCGAACGAUUUCUUCCCACAUCUUCUGUGGCUUUGCACCGACGAGAGUGGUGACCCAGACAACUGUUCCUGCAAACUCUGUUCGCCUGAAGACCUGGAAAACGUUGUACCUGGCGCGAAGACCAAGGUAGAGAGACCAGUCAAGCUUGAGACAGAGUCGCUCGCGACAAUGACAGCGCAGCUGAGCGCUCAAAGCGCCAGAUCCGUUCCUCCGCCGCAGCGUACACCAUCAGCACCACCGCCCCGAACUGGACCAUCGCCUCUCCCUACGCCCAAGUCCCAGGAUCAGGCGCUCGAUCUCAAGUACGGCCAAUUUCUAUACCGUGCGGGUGAACUCGUCUGGUUCUCACGUGGUCCAGCCUGGGGUAUUGGCGUGGUGGUCCGCAGGUGGACGAACAUGAACACGCUGCUAUAUGCAGUUCAGCCCCUGUCCUAUCCGGGCAACCACCCCCAAGUCUCAGUCAAGCAGGGUCACAACGAACUUCGGCCCUGGUUGGCGUGGAGUGUACCUAGAUUCCUCAACGUGGGCCUCAACGAUCAACCGAAUCCGCCACGCUACGAGAACGCUGAUUGGCAAGGUCUUAUGCAAAAGAAGUAUGGCAACGGAGAUCUCGAAGUCGAUGGCUCCAUAAUGGCAGCCAAGAUGGUCGAUUGCUCCUAUACAUUAUUGGGAAAGAACAACAGCUCCCGUCCGGAGGCGAACGUUGUCGAAACACACUACAACGGUAUCUUCCUCGGCGCAGAGAAGAUCUGGUGUGGAGAAAGCGUGCGACUCAGCAUUGGUUCUGGCACAGAUAUCCUGGUGCUGACUUCAAUUGUCGAGCGCCAACGCGUGUCGCCCACCAACCAACAACUCGUACAGCAAACUGUGCACCUUGUCGGCGAUGUCUACUCCUUGGCGACUGUGCAGCACAUGAACCCUGCACUGCCGACACCGGCUGACAACAACCCACAUCUGCCUGAGAGGAUGAAGAAAGAUCUGCAAGUCCGCAACGCGCAGUCUAUCAAAGUGAAGAGGACUGCAAGUUAUUGGAAGCUCAUCAGUGCUCAACAACGCGUGGACCUCAACGACAUCAAGGGUCGAUGGUACGAAGCCUCCAUCAUCAUGCCCAUCCUUCACCCACAGCCAUGGCACGACACUUUCACGAAGGGCGAAACUCAGGAGGCCUCGCUGUACAUGAACAGUCGUGGAGACUGCCUGAAUAGCAAUCGCAAGGAAAAUUUGCCACGUCUGCCGCGCGAGAAUAACCGCAAAGAGACGCGUCGCGAAGCCUUUGGCGCGUCUAUACCUCCGCAAACCAAAAUCGAGGACGGAGUGCAGCCUCCACAGUCAGACAACGUGGAUCCGGGGCUUCAGAGCUCUGAGCCCAUCGAAAUCGAUCCGCGCUUCGAUACUACUGCAGAUGAAUCUGGAGACCAUGGGGUGGACACAGGCACUUCGGGAUUGGAGGAAUUUAUGGAUCUUGACAACAUUGGAAACGAGUCCAUGUCAGGGUUUGGACAGAAUUACGGAGGUCAUGAUGCUAAUAGCAACUUUUUCUGAGCGUGGGAUAGAAUGCACGGCUGGGGCGAGUCGUUGCAGUGACGGUACAGUAUUCUGCAGUGAGCUCACCGCCGCAGAUGAAGGCAUUGUAGAAUAACUGAACAGCCAUAGAGUUGUGCUGCAUUAGCUAGCGGUGUUGGAAUUUGAUGAGCAUCGGGAAGUGAGAUCCGCGGCACAGCAUUAAAUGACGCAGCGCAC